UCUGCUGAAUGUGACGUAUGUCGCGAACGUAGAAAUAAGCCUGACAACUUAACUUCUCACAGUUGUUUAUAUGUUGUGUUCUCAUAUUUUAUUACAUUGCAUUGCAUAUUAUUCCGACUUGCGGAAAAGUUUCUGAUAUUUACCAUCCUUUUAUUUUUCACUACGUUCUAUAUCUCAUAGUACGUUGUCUACAUGAUUCAUAGUAAAAGUGCAGGUUUCGCUUUUCAUUGAGAUAUCGUUGGGAUAUCUAUUAUGGAAAACAAAAGUAGCAACAAUUUUAUCAGUUAUGUCGGACUGGAAGAGCACGAAAUGCAGACAUUUAAUUCCAGUCGACGUAAUUCAUUAAUCGAAAAUAGUAUAAAACUAUUGCCAGGAGAAGUUCUUAUCGCUGAAGCGCAAAGUGUCCUUAUGUUUUCACCUGUUAGUGACCUGAAACAAGGCAUCUCUGGUGUUCUGUCAGUGACUAAUUUUAAACUUACUUUUAUUACAAGUGAUGAUUCAAAUGGAGAGGAUAUUAUUCAUCAACAAAAUCAUCUCUAUGGAUAUACAGAUACAUGUUUAACAAAUAUUGAUGAGAUUUACAUAAUAGUGGGUGAUAAGAAAAGAAAGCUGGUUCCUGGUAACACCGUACCUUCAAAAGUAAAAGGGAUAUUUAUCAUUUGCAAAAACCUAAGGACAUGGUCUUUUUCUUUUAAAUUUUCACCUUUAGGACAUGGUAAGAAUCUUUUGACUGCACUGCUACAUCAUGCUUUUCCUAGCCGACAUCAGUUAUUAUUUGCCUAUGAUUACAAGGAGGCUUAUUACAGUAGUCUUGACAAAAAUGUCCUACUAUUUCGAGAUAUUUUAGAUUGGCAAAAUGAAUUAAAAAGGACGUUGUGCAGUGAUGAAAUAAGGAAAAGUUGGAGGUUAUCAACAAUUAAUGCCAAAUUUCAGCUUUGCUCUAGUUUAUCGCAAUUUAUAAUUGUACCUGCAUCUGUGACCGAUAGUCAGUUGACAGAUGCGGCUAGACAUUUUCAAGGUAAUAGACCGCCAGUAUGGUCUUGGACAAACACGUAUGGUGCAGCAUUAGUAAAAAUGUCUGAAUUGUUACCAACGAUUGCAGAGAGAAUGCAGGAAAAUAUUAUGUUUGAAAAUGUUCGUAAGAGUCAUCCUCAAAAGAUGCCUCCAGUUGUUAUUGAAUUGAAUAAAGAUAUUAAUGUAAAAUUGAUAGCAGCAAGUUUUACUAAAUUCAUUAGUUUAUGUUCACCAGAAAAUAUUAGACAAUUUUGGAUACAAGAUAAUAACUUUUAUUCAUUGUUAGAAAGUACAAAAUGGCUGAAAUAUAUAUCGUAUUGUUUACAAAAGACAGUUGAAGUCUGUGACCGGCUUAAUUCAGGGAUUUCAGUCAUUUUACAAGAAAGUGCUGGCAGAGAUUUGUGCUGUGUUAUAUCAAGUUUAGCACAAUUGUUACUGGAUCCUCACUUUCGUACUGUAACUGGUUUUCAGUCAUUAUUGCAAAAAGAAUGGGUUGCUGGAGGCCAUCCAUUUUGCGAUAGAUUAGGCCACAUUGUAAAAACUAGUUCAGAAAAGUCUCCGUUAUUUCUCUUGUAUCUUGAUUGCGUUUGGCAAUUAUGUCAACAAUAUCCAACGGAAUUUGAAUUCACGGAAACAUACUUGACUACAUUAUGGGACACUGCUCACGUUUCCAUUUUUGACACCUUUAUCUUUAAUUGUGAAAGAGAUCGGGCUGUGGCAGCUAUGGAUCCUAACACGCCUCUCGUGCUUCGUAGUGUUUGGGAUUGGCGAGAACAAUUCAAUGAUCAAGAUAUUUUGUUAUUUUAUAAUCCUUUGUUUAUUCCCCGUAAUAUCGGUAAGACAGAAAACAGGACAAUUCUAAAACCUUUACACACUAUCUCCAGUUUGGAGCUUUGGACGCAAUGCUACUUUCGUUGGAUACCGGCACUCGAAAUUCAUAACGGUGGACAAAGGCAUGUUGAACUUUACAUUAGAUUGCUCCAAAACGACGUAAAUCAACUUAAAAUAAAUAUCAAUGACAAUCGUAGCGUAUCCCUGGAGAAGGUCGGUAUUUUUUCUCUUCACACAAAUAUCGACAGUUUUUAUCCUUUUAGUAACAAAAGAUCAGGAAAUACCGUUAGCACUCCUAUCAUGAACAGUUCAAUACAUCUAACAGAGAGCUUAUUAGAUGCACAGUCGUUAAUAACCGCAAACGACUGAUAAGAUGCUUUUUCAAUACAGUUCAAAAUGUACCUGAUUAUACCACACGUAUCCUUUUCUAAUCUGUCAAUUCAUGAGAUAAAAUAUCAUAGUAACUUAUUUUUAAAUUAAAGUUUUGUUAAAUCAGUAACAAUGCUUAAAAUGGCACAAAAAAUUAUCUUAAAGAUUGCUGGUUGAUACUUUUACUAGUUGUUAUAAUAUCGAUAAACCAAGAGAAAAACACCACAGAUAUUAAAAUUUAUUAAUGGUUUUUCGAUAAUUUGCAUAAAUUACAAUUAACGAGUUGUAAAUUCAAUUAACGAAUUAAAAUAUUUUAAAAUAUAUGAAGCUUGUUGCAUCAUUCAGAGCAGCUGCAGCAUUUUCAUGCAAAGCAAUGAAAAUAUUUGUAUAUUUUUAUGUUAAAUUUCAUAUAUUCUUACAUACUCUUACGAUAGCGGAAACGUAACGAAAUUAAUUAAGUCAAGUAAUUUUAAGGAACAAUUAGAGAACAUAUAUUUGUAUAUAAAUGUCGAUGUGAGUAAAAAUAGAUAAUCUUAAUACUUUUUAGUACUGACAUUUAUACCGUUACAAACCGUUAAAUAAAAUUUACAGUUGAAC